UUUUCGAAAGCACGAGGCGAUACACGCAAGACAUGAAGCUCGUGAUGAAGUAGAUAAGGGGAAGAAGUCGUGCGAGGCGAGCAUCCGAUCUGUCCAUCCUCGUGUUUUGCCUUGCCGUGAAGCAAGGCAGCAGCGUGCUUCUUCUCCCAGCGUCGAGGCUGAGACCGAUCCCAAAUGAGCGAGGAGGAGCAUCCGCAGGGCAUGGGUGAGGCGACAGAGAGGCAUCAGAACAGCGCGGGGUGGCCACAGCCAGGCCGUACUUGUCUCACUGAGGAGUGCCACGUGUUGCACGACAGAGAAUGCAGAUGGGCUGCACAUUGUCGUUGUGCACACGUCACAUGCGAUGAUGGGCUGUUUCAUCCUGUGUGUAUCCACAUGUGUCACUUUGUCACACUUCGUGUAUGUACAUGCGUAUGUCUGUCUGUCUGUGUGCUUGGUCUGUGUGCUUUGUGUGUGUGUCAGAGUCCCCUCCUCGCCCAGCCUCUGCGCCUCCGCCGAAUCACCACCACGAGGACGUCCUCUCGGCCGAAAACAUUUUUGCUUUCCCGCCCCAGGAGUUUGCUGACAUACGAUGCGACGACCAAUACAACGAAUUCUACCAGUAAGGCAUGCAGCCACAUGCGCACAUACGGCCGGCCACAAUCUGUCUGCAUGUAUGUGUAUUGUUCCUCUGUGCGUGUGUCAGGCACUUUGCGGCCAAGAACCCCAACUUGCCGCCGCCCAUCGAGGGCGAGCCAAAGUUGGCGGAGUUCGCGCAGAGGAAGCUGUCGAAGCUCAGCGAAGAGGGGGCAUCGCAAAUGGACUUCUUCUCACCCAAAAUGCAAAGACGUAACCAACCACACAGACAGAGACAAGGGCACAUCCGCCCCUCACACAUGCACAUGUGCGCGUUGUCUCUGUCUGUCUGUCAUUAAUGCAGUGACCCAGUCAGUGCUAAAGCAGCUCGAGACACCCUCUUUCGAGGCCACCCUCGACCCAGCGGAGGACAGCACGAUGGAAGAGAACCACCUCCCACCGGCAUACGAGGAGCCCUCAGACGGUGGCAACUUCGUCCUGAGGAUACAGGAGCAGCCGUCAGGACCAUCCUCCUCUCUCGCCGACCUGACCGACACGUUCCUGGGUCCCUCGUCGUCCGCUGGACUGUCGUCGUCUUCGUCCCGCCCCCUCUCGCUGAUGAGCUCUGUGCCCUACCCGAUCCCCCCCGCCACUCUGCAGCCCCCCUCCCCUGCUGUGGGCAACCAGAGCGAGUCCCUCUUCCAGUCCAACGUCUUCAUGCCCCCGCCCAGCACCGGGGCCACCCAAGACUCAUCACUCACCAUGCCCCCGCCGUCUGAGUCGACCAUUCUCGGCGCGGCCACUUCCAUGGCCGCCCACAUCACGGCGCAGAAGCAGCAGAUGGACGGCCAGCAGGGUGUUCCGGGCAUCGGUGUGGUCGAUGGGGGCGGUCAGAAUGUGCACAUAACGCUGUCGCAGCAGUUCCAGGGGCUGGGUGGGCUGCAUGAGGGGGGUGGGAGGAGUAAUGGGAUAGGUGAGAGGGGCGUGGGCGGGGCGGGUGGAGGGGGCAAUAGGAAGCGGUCGCCGAGGAGGCGGAUCACUGGGCCAUGUAAGCACGAGACAGAAGCAAAAAGUUGCUGAUGGGCCAUCCAUUGAUGUGAUUGACAUCGUGUUUGUUGCAGCUCCGAUACCCGGUGCGCCUCCAGGUCUGACCAUAGAGGAGCUGGUUGCGAGUGGGCUGCUUAAAGGACACGUCUACCUCAUAGCCAAGGUACCUCACUCUCCACUGACAAGCACACAAGCCCAUCGACUGCUUUGCUCACGUGUCUGUGUGAAUGUGACUGUGUUGUUCAGGACCAGAGUGGGUGUCGGAUGCUUCAGAAGAAGCUGGACGAGAGUCCCACGGUCUUCAACGGCAUAUUCGAGGAGGUAUGCAAUGACGAGAGGGGCGAUGCACGCAGCAGACCAGACACGAGUGUGCUGCUGCCCCCCUUGUCUCUUGGCAGAUUCUCGAGAACAUAGUUGAGUUGAUGACAGACCCAUUCGGCAACUAUCUCUGCCAAAAGCUGAUGGAGGUGCGACACACCAAGCCAUACAACAUGUCCAUAAGGGGCAACGUGCCGAUCUGCUGCUGUCGUUGUGUGUUGUGUUGUGUUGUGUUGUGUGCAGGUGUGUUCGCAGAGUCAGCUGACGAUGAUCAUCGACGCGGUGGCGGCCGACCUGGUCAAGAUCUCCCUCAACAUGCAUGGAACACGGGCCGUCCAGAAACUCAUCGAAGUGGUCAGUCAGACACGAAGGGAAGGACAAACACAACAACGAUUCUUCUCACCGUUUCUGUGUCCGUCUUGCUGUGUUGCUGUGUCACGUUUGGUUCAGCUGCACUCGCCUGACCAGAUAUCGAAGGUGAUAGCGGCGCUUCGGUCGUCUGUGGUGACGCUGGUCAAGGACCUCAACGGCAACCACGUCAUCCAGAAGAGUCUGCAGGCGCUGGGGCCGGGCGACAACUACUACAUCUACAAUGCCAUCAUCGGACACUGCUACGACGUCGCCACACACAGACACGGUAGAAACAGACGUCCGUCUGUGAGAGAGGGAGCCUCGAGCAUACACGAGGGCCCAUUUGUUCUGUUUGUCUGGUUGUCUGCCUACGCAGGUUGUUGCGUGUUGCAGCGGUGCAUUGACGCAGCCAGGGGCGUGCAGAGGGUAAGACGUGCGAAGGAGAGGCUCUGUCGGCCGAGCGAGCACACACUCGACCCCUCCGUGUUGUGUGGGUGGUUCAUUCUUCCAGCAACGCAUAGUGGAUGAGAUCAUUCAGCAUGCAGUGGACCUGGUGCAGGACGCCUUCGGCAACUAUGUCAUUCAAUACGUCCUCAACCAGAGGGAACCGGUCAGCAAGCACUCACAGGCAUACACCGACCCUAUCACUGUGCAGUGGGCCAAUGUACGUGUCGCUCUUGGUGUUGUGCAGGCAUGGAACAACGCCAUCAUAGUCAAGCUGCUCGGCAGCCUGGUGCGCCUGUCCAAGCAGAAGUUCUCAUCCAACGUCGUAGAAAAGGUCAGCACAGAGACACCAUCAUCACUUGCCUACCAUGGACCUAUUUGUGUGUAUGUGUGUGUGAACGCAUUAUCAGUGUCUGAUUUUGGGUUCUGACGAGCACAAGCGCCAGAUGGUGGAGGAGCUCCUCUGCGCAGGCAACGAGUGCCUCAAGGACCUGCUGCUCGACUCAUUCGCAAACUACGGUGAGCGACAUCUUGUCAACAUGGAUGACAGCUCCGAUACACGUCUGUCCUCGGCUCUCUUCGUACGAAUGACCAGUGAUCCAGCGCGCGUUGAGUGUGGCUGAGGAGCCCUACUUCAGCCGACUUAUUGACGGCAUCCGACCCCACCUCGACGCACUCAGGAACUCACACACGGGAGGUACAGAUAACAAGGGGCAACACGACACCCAUCACCCACCCUCUCUCCCUCCUUCGUCUGUCCAUCAGGCAAGCGCAUCGCAGCCAAGCUGAUGAAGAAGUACCCCCAGCUGACCAUGGGCUACCUCGGCCCGGGCGGCAUGGGCGGGCCGCCCCCAGGAGCACCAGGACCCGCCGGGAGAGGUGGCAUGAUGAACCCCCAGGACCCACAGGGCGGUCCGUACAAGGGCGGCGGACACAUGGGUGGGGGCAUGUGGGGUGGACACGGCAUGCCGCCCGGCGCAAGGGGGCGAGGUGGCAGGGACAGGAUAGGCCAGCAAGGUCAGCAACCAGACCACACUGACAUGGAGGGGGGCGCUGGUGUGUCAACGGGUGGUUUCCAUCUAUCUGUUGUGUGCAGUGCGGGGUCCGGGCAAGGGCGGCGGGCCGCCCAUUGAUCCGUUCGGCGAUUUUCAAGCGCUGCAGUCGGUGCUCAACACACUCGCGGCUCAGCAGGGGCAGACCCCGUCGGCGGCGGGCGGCGGAGGAAUGGGAAUAGACGUAAGCGGCACUAUCGACACACAAGACAAUGCAGGCAUUGUGGUCAAUCUGAUGCCUUUGCUCUUGUCUUUGUCAGGGUGCUCUUGUGGACGCGUUAGGGUACGGCAACCCGUCCGGGGCUGUCGACCCGCUGGCGCUCAACGGUAUGCUGCUGAACCAGGUGGACCAGGCCAUUAUGGGCCAGCCCAACCUGCUGGGCCAGUCGGUCGGCGCCGCCGACCUCCAGCUGCUGCAGAGCCUCAUCAGCGAUCCAACCGCCACACAGCAGCAGCAGCAGCAACAGCAGCAACAGCCAAUCGGCAUGCCCACGGUGAGUGGAGCGAGAAGAAGAGAAAGACCCAUGUGUUCACACGCAAUCUCAUUUUUUCCUUCUUGUGUUUCAGUCGUAUGGAGGAGGUUCUGGCGGAGGGUAUUUCUCUCACCAGCCGACGUCUCCCAUCCACGGUGGCGGGGCCAACCCGUUCGGCCCCCCACAGCCCCCGCAGUCAUCGUCGCUUUAUUCAGGCGGAGGGAUGCCUUACGGCUAUGGCGGGCAGGGGGGCGGCUCGCCCAACGUCAUGCACCCGACCUUCUAGACAGACAGGGAGGGAGGGAGGCAGGGAUGGAGGGGAGAGAGAGAGAGGGAGAGAGAGAGGAGGGAUUGGUUAUGCGGACGGACAUUCUCUCUCUCGUCUCGUUCGUACAUGUCUUGCAGCACUCAUGUGAUAUGUGUGUGUCUGUGAUGCGUUUGUUGUUGCGAUGUCUUCGACUCGACUCGACUCGGAUGGGUGGAUGGGUAAGACGGUCUGACAGCAUCAUUACUUGACGGAUGGGAGAGACACACAGAGGUUGUCACUUACUUACUCGGUCGGUCGGUCGUGGAUACGUGCGGCGAGUGCAGUGAGAGCAGUCAGAGCAGUGAGGUCAGCCCAGCCAGCAGCAACCCAGCGCACUUCACAAAAUGACUUGCGUUGCGUGUUGUGGUGUGGCGGCGGUGAUGGUGUGCGCCCGUCCGUCGUCUUGCGUCUGUCGUGUCACAACUUGUCGACCCACUCACUCCCUCACUCACUCUCUACCUGGUUUGUGUGUGUGUGUGUAUGUGGCGUGUAAGUGCUCUGAGCGUGGUGUGGCGUUUUACAUCCCUCCCUCCCUCCCCACCUGCUAGUAUCUGUAUGUCUGAAUGUCUGCAUAAAGCGCGUAUCCCGGAUGGAGAUGUGUCCGUGAUGGCUGUAGCAUGCACGCUCCCCGUUUGUUGCUCGGGUGUAUACCUAUCCCCCACACACAACACACACACACAACACACAUUGGUGCAAUCAAUCAAUCGAUGGAUGGACCAUGUACGCUGCAGGGCGAGGCAGGGCAGGGCAGGGCAUUGUGUGUAUCUAUGUAGGUAGGUGGGUGGGUAGGUGGGUAGCUUUACGUAAGGGUGUUGGGGAGAGAGAGAGAGAGCGGUUUAUGGCUGUUGUCGUCGUGAGGGGGUUCCUUUUGCCGUUCUCGCGCUGUUUCCUGUGUGCCUGCCUGCCUGCCUGCGUCACGUUUUGCUCUUUAUUAUACACACACAUGUGUUGGCUGAAUGCCUGCUGUAUGCUGCGUGUAUACUAUGGCUACGCCUGUGAAUGUCGGCUGCCAGCACCUGUGUAUCAUACAUACACAUACACACAUCUACUCACAUACACCCACACAGGGAGUCUGCAUGCUACGUGUCUGUCUGUGUGGCGUGACUCGUGCCUCUGCCUAGUCCAGAAGAUGUCCGUGCGUGGCUGCUAUCACUGAGACGCUCUGGCACCGCCAGAAUGAGCGCAUAGGUGAUGGAUGGAUGUGCCUGCCUAUCGAUCUAUCUAAACCCCUCUGUGUGCAUGACUUGACAUGAGAUGACAUGCGCUGACUGCCCCAUGCUGAUGAGCAAUACGGGCAGAUAUGCGUGCAUUCGAUUCGCUUUUUUCGGGCGCUCUCGGCUGCCUGCCUGCCCGUCGUCUGUCUGUCUGUCAGCCAGAGUGCUUCGCUGACAACUGGGUGGAUGGAUGUGUAUGCAGAGAGAGAGGGGAUGGGGCGGGCCGCUGGAUGGCGAUGGCUAUUCAGAGAGAGCAUGGAUGAUAUGUGGGGGCGUUUUGAAGUGACAGGGAGUUGCUGGUACCACAGACAGACAUUACAGCGCCUCUUAUUUUUAGGCUCUGCAUGGCCGGCAGGAGGGGAGAGUGUGUGGGAGUGUAUGCGCGAUCUGUCUGUCUAUCUGUCUGUCUGCGGGCAGUCAGUGCUGGUUCUCGUUUCUCUUCUGACUCCUGCUGCUGCCAUGUUCUAGGCCUUUCUAGCGCGACAUCGAUCUCCCCUCUUUCUCCCUCCCUCCCUCCCUCUCUGCCUGCCUGCCUGCCUGCCUGCCCGUGUGGGUGUGCGUACACAGAUGGAAUGCGCCCAUCCCUGAUGGUGGGCGCUGCAUACACACCUGUGUGUCGCGAGAAGGCGGCCUUUUUCAAGUGGAUGUUGUGUGUGGUGUGUAUGCGGCGGGUUCUCUUCCCCAACCCCACUUUGUCUGUCUGUCUGUCUGUCUGUCUGUAUUGGUGUGUCGUGUGCGGCCUGCCUGCCUGCCUGCCUAGGUGCACGCACACAUGAUACACACAUCCAUACAUCUCUCUGCAUACAUACUGAUGCGUACAUGGUGUGUUGUGUUGUGUCCCUCAGAGGAGAUGAGGGCCGAUGGCUAGUGCCACAGACGCCUUGCUUGCUUGGCUGUGUGAGAGUGUGACUGACUGACUUAGUCGUCCUCAACGACGAAAACUACGGAAAGAAUCCUAU